CGAUUUUGGGCGCAACGAUCUGUUGUGGCAAUGAACUUGACACUGUUUGAAGAACCAGAACCGUUUACAUUACUUCAUUUUCCCUGCCCAUCUCUUUAUCUAAGACUUCACGUUAGGUACUUUAAUUUCAAUAUAAAUUUCAAAAGGGUAAAGUUUAAAAGCUCGUAUAAAUUGAGAUUAUACACGCUUUGGUAGCCAUUAAGCGUGCUUAAAAUUUUAGAUACGCUCCACUCUAUGUGGAACAUGAACUGAGAUAAAUUUGCAAACAUUGUUGCUUGCCAGAGAUCCUUAACAAAGAUGCACUGGCUGUCGUUCCUGCUCCUCGGAGUCUCCUCCACGCUGCUGCUGGCCGAACAGUCUCCAUAUGUGUGCGAUGGAAAGGACGACCGGGUCUGUGACGAGUAUCGCUGCAUGUGCCGGAGAAAAACGUCAACAGAACCGUAUCCGCGAACAGAGUAUGAAUUUUGAAACAGAAAUAAUUAAAGGUGUUAACACUCGUUU